AUGGACGAAAUAGAAGUGGCUGUUAAGAAUUUUACGGACAACCGAAAGAGCACAUUGUUUGAUGAGUACGAGCGUCUAUCGGUCGAAAUUCAACUCAACCAAGCCAUGCUAAGGAGGAGCUUGUCCGAGCCAGGGACAUCGAUGUUUCGUGCACACCUAGGCGUGGGUGCACCACCAUUGGUCCAACAACCGGUGGAACAAGGGAAGCGAGGUACGUCUUGGGGUUAUGGUUUGCAUAAGAUUGUCAAGAAGUUACUUAGGCCUGUUUUUUGGAAGAAGAAAGGGAGGAAAAAUGAUCAUCAUCAUGUUGAGAAAGAGCAACAAGAGCCUAGUAGAAGUAACAAUAAUAAUGAUCUUAAGUCUUGGAAGAGGUUUAGCAAAUCAGUAAGCUACACUUUCAGAAUUCAAUCAUAUAGUUCUGCUUCAAAUUCAUCUACUUUAAGCUUAACAGAAAUGAAAGGUGAAUACCAAGAAAACAAUAGUAGUAAAGCGAAAGUUAAACAAUUAGCUGAUGAAAUUAGAGCAACCCCACCUCAAGAAAGGUCUAAAAUCCUUGAUUCUAUGAUUGAGAAGCAGGGUGAGUCCAAAACUAUAGGUUAUAUCAAUGAUUUAUUAAUGGGUUUAGUGAUGGCUGAGGAGUUGGACCUUGCCUUGAAACUGUUCGACGAAAUGCCACUGCAUGGUUUAUCACCAGACUGUUGGACUUAUUCUAUACUUAUCAGGUGUUACUGUAAGAAAAAUCUGCCUGAUGAAGGGAAAAGAGUUCUGGACUGUAUGAUAGAAAACGGGUUUCGACCGAAUGUGGUCACUCUUACCAUCUUGGUGAAUUCAUUAUGCUCAAGAGGUAGACUUCAGAGAGCUUUUCAGGUGUUGGAGAUGAUGGGUGAACUUGGGUGCAACCCGAAUGUUCAAACUUAUAACUGUGUGUUAAAAGGGUUGUGCUUUGUUGGAAGGGUAGAAGAAGCUUAUGAUAUGUCAGGUGAGGCCAUGGAACUGCUUGAGGAAGCAAUCGCGAUGGGAUUAACUCCGGGUGUGGUUACUUAUAAUGCUCUCUUUAAUGGGUAUUGCAAAGAAGGGAAACCAAGGAAAGGGGUUGGGUUGUUGAAGCUAAUGAAGGAUCGCGGUUGUGUACCUGAUUAUAUAAGUUACAGUACUUUGCUUCAUGGGUUGUUGAAAUGGGGUAAAUUUAUGGCAGCUUAUUGGGUUUACAAAGAAAUGGUCGAGGUUGGUUUCAAGGUGGAUGGAAGGAUGAUGAACACCUUGUUAAGAGUUUUGUGCAGGAAAUCUUGGAAUGAACAAGAUCUCUUCAAAUUUGUGGAUGAAGUAUACGCGAAAAUGAAGAGUUGGGAUUAUUCUGUCUUUCCUGACACUUAUUAUCUGGUGAUUCAAACCUUUUGUAUUAGAAAUGAGGUUGAUAUGGCUUUGAUUACCUUGAAAGAGAUGAUUGAAGCUGGUUAUUUUCCAAGGAUGGUCACAAUUAAUCGAAUCAUUCGUGGACUCUGCAAGGAGGGGAAGGUUAGCCAAGCACUAUCAAUUUUAGUUCUUGUGUGUGAAACUGGUAAAUUUCCCAGCAAAAUUAGCUUUAACAUUUUGAUUGAUGAGUUCAAUAGGCAAGGGUUUGUGCUUGGUGCCUGCAACGUCUAUGGUGCUGCAUUAAAGCUUGGUAUAAUUCCACACCGAAUACCCUCGAGCUCUCAACAGAUUAGAUAA